UCUCCUUGGACCAAGAUGACCGAUGGAAACCUCACCACCUCCACCAAUGGCGUGACCUUGAUGAGCCCGGUCCUGAGCCUGCCAAGUGUGCAUUUCAAGGCGCCCACAUCCCUGUCAUUCCCUGAGCAUGGGCCGGAGCUGCCCCGCGAUCGCCCCCAUGACCGGCACAGCCUGCAGUCGGUGGACUCGGGCAUCCCCACUCUGGAGAUCAGCAACCCUGAGCCUGUGUCCUGUGGCUCGGCCCACGGCAGGAGGAGACCGGAGCCUGAGGUCGGCGCUGUCCUCGAGCGGGCGUCCCAGAGCGCCUGUCCCCUGCCGUCCUGCGCACUGCUGGCUCCCGCUGGCCCCGAGCCGGAGCAGGGCGUCCGCAAGUCCUCCACCUUCCCCAGGACUGGCUACGACGCCGUGCGGCUCUGUGGCCCCGCGCCCAGGACCCCGAGCCGCAGUGACGCCGCCUCCGUGUGCAGCGUGUGUAGCCUCGGCACCGAGCUGUCGGCUACGCUGUCGGUCAGCAGUGAGGACCGCCUGGACCUUGUCACCAGCAGCUCGAGUGCCAUCGUGGCGCUGGAGAACGAUGACGACCUGCCGUCCCCCGCCUCCCUGAGCUCCGCCCCGGAGGCCGACAGCCCGGACCAGUGGGACAGCGCGGAGCCCAGGGAGGCCAGCCGCUCGGGACUGCUGGGGCCUCUCAGCCACUUCCUGUCCAGGAAUUUGCUUGCUAGAAAACAAAAUGCAAGACUUGACAAACAGAGUGACUUGGGAUGGAAGUUAUUUGGAAAAGUGCCACUCAGAGAGAACGCUCAGAAAAACUCCAAGAGAACACAAAAGGAAAAUGAAGACCAGGCUGGACGACCUGGCAGGCCGCCUUCCCCGAAGCAGAAUGUGAGGAAGAACCUUGAGUUUGAGCCCCUGUCCACCACCGCCCUCAUCCUGGAAGACCGCCCCCCAAAUCUCCCAGCAAAACCAGCCGAAGAAGCUCAGAAACACAGACAGCAGUACGAAGAGAUGGUGGUGCAGGUCAAGAAACGAGAGCUGCGGGAGGCCCAGCGGCGGAAGAAGCAGCUGGAGGAGAGGUGCCGGCUGGAGGAGAGCAUUGGGAACGCCGUGCUCACCUGGAACAAUGAGAUCCUGCCCAACUGGGAGGCCAUGUGGAGCUCCAGGAAGGCCCGGGACCUGUGGUGGCAGGGUAUCCCACCCAGCGUGCGCGGCCGCGUCUGGAGCUUGGCUAUUGGCAAUGAGCUGAACAUCACCCACGAACUCUUCGACAUCUGCCUCGCCCGAGCCAAGGAGCGCUGGCGGUCCCUGAGCACCGGCGGCCUGGACGGCGAGAGUGAAGAUGCCGGCUUCCCAGCGGCCGACAGAGAAGCCAGCCUGGAGCUGAUCAAGCUGGACAUCUCCAGAACAUUCCCUAGCCUCUGCAUCUUCCAGCAGGGCGGCCCGUACCACGACAUGCUGCACAGUAUUUUGGGCGCGUACACGUGUUACCGGCCGGAUGUGGGCUACGUGCAGGGCAUGUCCUUCAUCGCAGCCGUGUUGACCUUGAACCUGGACACAGCAGAUGCCUUUAUUGCCUUCUCGAACCUUCUGAACAAACCCUGUCAGAUGGCCUUCUUCCGCGUGGACCACGGCCUUAUGUUGACGUAUUUUGCUGCAUUUGAGGUAUUCUUUGAAGAGAACUUGCCGAAAUUAUUUGCUCACUUCAAGAAAAACCACUUAACCCCUGACAUCUACCUGAUUGACUGGAUCUUCACCCUGUACAGCAAGUCGCUGCCGCUGGACCUGGCCUGCCGCGUCUGGGACGUGUUUUGCCGCGACGGUGAGGAGUUCCUGUUCCGCACGGCCCUGGGCGUGUUGCGGCUCUUCGAGGACGUGCUGGCCAGGAUGGACUUCAUCCACAUGGCGCAGUUCCUCACCCGGCUGCCCGAGGACCUGCCCCCCGAGGAGCUCUUCACGGCCAUUGCCACGGUGCAGAUGCAGAGCCGUGGCCGCAAGUGGGCUCAGGUGCUGACUGCCCUGCAGAAGGACAGCCGAGACGUGGAGAAGGGCAGUCCUUCGCUGCGACACUGA